AUGCUUCAAAUGGUGGGUAAAAUAAGUGCAGUAAAGAGCCAUUUCACGAAUAUUCUUAUUAUUGGUGGCUCAUACGGAGGAAUAACUAGUGUUAAAAUUAUUCGGGACUUACUCAAGACUAGGCAAACUGAAGACAAGUUGAAGAGAGGAGAUGAGAAGUUCAAGAUUACAAUGAUCGAACCAAAGGAAGGGUUUUUGAACUUGAUUGCUAUACCUCGUACAUUAGUUGAUAUGGACUUUGCUAGGACCCAAUAUUUUAAAUAUACAGAUAUUGGUGGCUUAGGUAUACACAAGGUUAUUGAUGCUAACGGAAAUAUUAAGGCAACGAAUAAUGAGGAAGAUAAAAAUGAUCUUUUUGAAAUAACAUGUAUCCAAGGAAAAGUUUUGAAUGUGGGAGAGAAAGAAGCAAAUUUCACUAUCAACGGAGAUGAAAGUAGAAAUAUAAAAUUUGACUAUGUUAUUUUAGCAUCAGGCAGAGAUAGAAACUACCCUGUUACACCUGCCGGAAGGACUAAAAAAGAAUUCCUUAAUGAAAUGAAAGAAUUUUACGAUAGAAUUACUGAUGAAAAGAUUAAAACCAUAUCGAUUAUUGGUGCUGGUGCUGUUGGUAUUGAAUUAUCAGGAGAAAUCAAACACUACUUUCCUAACAAGCAUGUUAAUUUGAUUCAUCCCCAUGAUUCAUUCCCACCAGAGCCUCUUUCAGGUGAAUUGAAACAACGUGUAAAGGAGUCCUUAGAAAGAGCGAAUAUAGACAUUCAUUAUGACACCAGAAUUCAAAAAGAGUUAGAGAAUGGUGAUUUAUUAACAACAACUGGCUCUGUCAUUAUUUCUGACUUGAAUUAUUGGAGUACAUCAAAAUACAAUAAUAUCAAAAUUGUUGAUAAAUAUUUAAGGUCAGAUUUCCUUUUGCCUGAUUCUACAUUGAAAGUCAAUGAUAUGUUGCAGUUAUCGAAUGGUGAGAAAACUAUUCCUAAUUUUUUCUGCAUUGGAGACAUUGCUUCCCUUCCUAUAAUUAAAACAGCAGGGUGGGCUCUUUUCAUGGCCUCCAUUGUUGGAAAGAACAUAAUAAGUAACUUGUUUGAAGAGGACAUGAAAGAAAAACUUCCUCCCGCAGAGAAAAUGCCUAGAGGAAUACUUUUAGUCGGUGGAAAUGGUGAUGUUAUAAGUUCAAAUAAUGGUAUAGUUGAACUAAACAAUCCAGAAUAUGUAGAAGCCUAUAAAGAUUAUAGGUUUAGCAGCUCCUUCAAGUACUUGGAACUUGAUCUCCCAACUGAGAAUUAA